GAGAGCAGCCGCAGCGAAGCCAGUCGGAUCCUAGAUGAGGACAGCUGGAGCGAUGGCGAGCAGGACCCUAUCACAGUGGACCAGACGUGGCGAGGGGACCCGGACAGCGAGGCUGACAGCAUCGAUAGCGACCAGGAGGAUCCCUUGAAGCACGCUGGCGUGUACACAGCUGAGGAGGUGGCUUUGAUCAUGCGAGAGAAGCUGAUCCGCCUGCAGUCUCUCUACAUUGACCAGUUCAAAAGACUCCAGCACCUUCUGAAGGAGAAGAAGCGCCGGUACCUGCACAGCCGCAAGGGAGAGCAUGAAGCCAUAGGCAACAGCCUUCUGACGGGCCCAGAGGGGCUGAUGGCCAAGGAACGUGAGAACCUGAAGCGCCUGAAGUGCCUGCGCCGCUACCGGCAGCGCUACGGCGUGGAGGCCCUGCUCCACCGGCAGCUGAAGGAGCGCAGGAUGCUGGCGACCGACGGCGCUGCCCAGCAGGCGCACACCACCCGCUCCAGCCAGAGGUGCUUGGCCUUUGUCGACGAUGUCCGAUGCUCCAACCAGUCCCUCCCGAUGACGAGGCACUGCCUUACACACAUCUGUCAGGAUACUAAUCAGACUCUCUUCAAACCCUGUCAAGGCUCCGAGGAAGUGCCCUGCAACAAGCCAGUUCCCGUGAGCCUCUCCGAGGAUCCGUGCUGCCCGCUCCAUCUCCGGUUGCCUCCGCAGAUGUACGUACCCGAGCAGGUACUGGCUGUCCCUCAGGAGCUGGAAGCUGCCCCCACGGACCUGUACUUGAGCGCUGCUGAGCUCCAGCCCACGGAGAGCUUGCCCCUGGAGUUCAGCGAUGACCUGGACGUGGUGGGCGAUGGCCUGCAGUGUCCCCCGUCCCCUCUGCUCUUUGAUCCUUCUGUGGCCCUCGAUCAGUCCCUCAGAGACGUUGCCGAGGCCCCCAUAGACAUACUGGCCCUGGAGGAGCCUUCCCACCCGGGCCUCCCUCCGCAGACGGCGCCGACGGACAGAGGCAGCUCCUCUGCCCACGUCUUCUCCCCGGCCGCCGAGCCUCCGGCCGAGCUGCCUGCGCAGUGUCACCUGCCGCUGGCAGCGUGCCGGCCGGGGCCCAGGGACGACAGGCGGCCGGAGGAAGCCGCCUCCUCCGCCCAGGCCCGCCGAGCAGCCGCCAACGGGAGCCUGGAGCCGGCGUCCGUGAGCUGAGACCGGCCGCACGCCCACGUCUCUACGCUCCCUUGUGAAUCCUCGCUCGUGCCGAGUCGCGGCGGAGCCCGUUGGUGGGACGUCUGUGGAAACCCGUGGGCACUGGUGUCCUCACCCAGCACCGGGGCCGAGCCGCAGCUCCGGUGCCGGUGUGAUUCCUGGAGCGGUGGGGGCUGAAACCCCGGAGCGGGGACCCCAGACCCUCCUUCCCCCCGCGCUGCAGGGCCGGGCUGCCCAGGGGAGAAGCCACAG